AUGAAAGAUGCAUAUGCACCGGGUGCAAUAGCGCUAAGCUUUUCGCCAGGAAGGCAUUCCUCUGUAAUCAUUGUGCUGUUACUUUUUUCAAAUGGAAUACUCGUGUUCACGCGGGCUGAUACGGAGAACCGUCUGCGUAACGCUGACAGCCGGGAAUUUCAAAACACGGCAGACGGCGAGGAGUUUUAUGAAGCAUUUUACGAAUGGUCUGUGUGGAGUCCAUGCUCUCGCACCUGUGGGGUUGGCGUAAAGUUUCGAGGACAGCUAUGCCUCAGGAAGAACAAGGCUUUGUGUCAAAAGAAGUCCAGGAUUUAUCAAACGUGUAACACCCAGCCUUGCCCCAAAGAAAGCGAGAAUUUCCGUGAUGUACAGUGUGCAUCGUACAACGGAAGAGAUAUAUUUAUCAAUGGCGAAAGAGCAAAAUGGAAGUCAUAUAGUCGAGGUGGCAACCAAUGUUUAUUGUUCUGCUAUCCUGAUGGAGAAGAAUUAUUUUAUUACUUUGGAAAAGCCCGAGAUGGGACACAGUGUUCCAAAGAACCCUACGGUGUCUGUGUACGUGGACGGUGCAAAUCCGUUGGAUGUGACUACAAACUGGACUCGGGAGUGUAUAUGGACAGAUGUCGAGUUUGUGGUGGAAAUUCUACGACGUGUCAGCCAAUGAGAGGAAGAAUUCAAAGGUCUCCAACACUUUUUGAACGAAUCUCAGGCUACGCAGAUUUGAUGGUGAUACCUAAGGGGGCAACGAGUGUUCUGAUCACAGAUAAUACGUGGAACUACCUAGCUCUCAAAAAACAAAAUGGUAACUAUGUUAUGAAUGGUAAUCGCAUCGUCAAUUGGUCUGGCAUAUUCAAAGUUGGUGAUGUCGAAGUGCAGUACGAUAGAAUCUCAAACAACAUUAAGGAGACGAUUGAGAUAACUGGGCCCACAAAAGAAGACAUUACUGUAAUGUCUCUAUUAAUGGCGGGUAAGGUUAAUAUGAGCUUUGAGUAUUGGAGAGCAGGUGGAGUUUACGCCGUUGGAGAAACACCGCAAGUUGAGAAGGAAAACCACGUAACCUUACAAAUGGGCUGGGGAAGCUGGACUACCUGUUCCACUUCCUGCGGAGGAGGAAUCAAAGUACGUUCACGAUACCGCGCUAUAGAGGCAGUUGCAUCAUUCCGUGACAAGGAGACUGAUGUCCAGAGAUGCAACACUGAACCGUGUCAUAUGAUGAAAGCCGCCUGGUCAGAGUGGGGUGCUUGGGAUGACUGCAGUGCUACUUGUGGAGGAGGAGCCAGGAUCAGGUUUCGAAACUGCAAGAAGCUCAGCGCCUCUUCCAGAUCUGGAUGCCCUGGAAAACCAUAUGCUGUGGAACAGUGCAACGCAGAAGAGUGUCCUAAAAAGGAAACAAGGCCAGGUACGUCAAAAGUGCUAAAACACAGUUCAUCGUCGAUGGUGACCACAUCCUCGAAUCUGCACUCAAGGGAGUCUUCAGAAGGAAGGAAGAAACUAACAGAGUCGUUAAGAAGGCCACACGCCUCUAGAUUAAGCUCGGCUUCUCAAUAUCAUGAACGUCAUAAAACUUACACAGAGAAAUUAUCACAGGAUAUAGUGCAGACUGUAUUUUCAAGAGGGAAGCAGGGGUAUUCUAUUUCUUAUACUAUAAAUACAUUACCAACUUCAAGGUCAAGACUUCUUUUUUCAUCAGUAAACCAGACCUCGACUGGUUACAUUAUUGGACUUCCCACAAGAAGUCUGAAGGAGACUUCUAGCUUAUCUAGUAAAUUCGUGCGUCUGCAAGUUACAUCAUUUUAUCGCAAACAUACAUCGUCCAUGUUCCCAGUGAAAGAGAAACCAGAGUUGCUUACUUCGCCUGUAAGGAAAGGUACGCAUACCAAAAUCUUUUCACGUAGUUCCUCAACGCCAUUACUUGAUGUUGGGGGAGGCUUAAGUGUAUUUUCUACAGGCACCUCAGUUCCAGCAAGUUAUGAAAUUGUUAGACCGUCUGUGGGUUUUAUGGCCACUUCCAAGGCGUCUAAUUUGCGAACGACUUCCAUAGGGUUGAAAGUCUCAUUACACACUGGUGUUACACCUCGUCCGAAGGAAGUCAAUAAUCCCACUAUUUCCUUUGGAUAUGAAACGAUAUCAAGUCAAGUUGACAGGAAGUCUGUUUUGGCUUCAUUCAGUAAAGAGACUAUUGAGCAACCGGUAUCGAUAUAUAGUAGGCAGGAAUUGGUACCCAGUUCAAAAUUGAGUAGAGCUGAAAGGACUUCAUCACACCAAUACCCUGUUGACGUAAUGGGACUCAAAAGCCGCGAAGGGAAACACCCCUCAGUAACCUUAUCAUCGGCAAGUGAAUUUCGCACAGAGCCAUCUAUACUUUUAACCACGCCAUUAAAGAGCAUUCCAUCAAGUUCCAGUGAGACAUUGAACUCAUCUAUGAUAGACAUAAGAAGGAUUGAACUGCGCCUGGAAGGUUAUAGUGACAUUACUUUGCAAAGUCGUAAGAAAACAAUUCUCUUAACAAAGAAUUUCAGUGCUAGCCAUGAUUCCCUACCUUUUGAGAUAACAGAAACACUCAGACCUGGUUCGUCAUCAACCAUGAAUGUUUUACCUUCUAGGCCAACAAGCUCUAAAGUAAUGUACGAAACAAGCGUGCUUGAAUUAUCAACAAACACUACUUUAAGUCAAAUCUUGGAAAUAAGAUCAGAAUCUACAUCGGUUUCCUCGACUCUCCAUCUGUUGCUUCCCCCAUGGCAAACCUUAACAGACUACCUCUUCCUACAUGGAUCAUCGAAACCAAUACCUCAGACGUCAAAGCUGAUGUCAUCUCAAAUAACUGAUUCAAGAAAGAUGAACACAUCUUACAACAUAUCCAAACUUCAUUUUCUCCCUCUUAGAAGCUCCCUCGUUAGCAUCGCAACCUCGUCUCAACAGUUUGCGAGGACUGCAUUGUUAAAGCCACAAUUUCAAUCAACAUUUUCAAUUGAAAAGAACAUGGGCUUCAAGUCAGCGUUUUCUAUAUCUGGUAUCUAUGAAUCCCCAAUCGUCACUAGAAAGAAUUCUAAUGAUUUUGCCUCAUCAACAUCGUCAUCAUUAUUCUCACUGUCAUACAUGAAGUUAAGUCAACCACUAAAAAGAAAUCCAAUGACCGAUUCACUUUCAGAGAAAGGUUCUCUUUCAAAAACAAAAAUAGCGGUAAUUUCAGAGCGCUUAGCAAGGACGUCACCUACAAAUCCAAACGGACUAUUUUCUUCAGCGAACGAAUCGAAGCCUCUGUCACUCUCUCAGGAAGACUACCCUUUUAUCAAAGUAACAGAAUUCUUGUCAUCUGGCCAGGAAACAAAAAGUAAAGCAGCAAUUACUAGUAAACAACAUUUUCCGGAGUCGUCCACCCAAGCAACAAUGCCAUUAGUGGCGUCAUCUUUCAACACAUCAAUACUUCCGUCAGCUUCCUCGGCUGCUAGGAUAAUUUCGUCACCAUUGUUAGAUAUUUCUGGAGGUUUACUUUCAAAUAAAGAAAUAAAAUCAUCAAUUUCACUGGGAUUAACCUCUAUAACAGAAACAGAGGCCAUGGCCAUGAGUUAUUCAAAAUCGUCAUUGCUUUUAAGGCGGAUUCUGUUCUCAGUUAUGUCUUCAGAACUUACUCCGUCGUCACCGAGCACUCUCUCCUCACAAUACCGAGGCGUUACUUCCGCAAUGCCAGGAGAAGUCGGCGAACAUAUGCAGUCAUCUUUCUAUCCAAAAUCGAGCUCCACGAAGAAAGUGAAAGAAACUGAAAAUCUUGCCAGAGGGUACAAAUUCCACACGUUGUCAUCCCAUUUCAGCUCACAAGCUAAUAUCAAAGCUACGUUUAUUCACCUAGUGUCUCUUGGAAGUCAUUUCCCAGAACAGCUAUUCCCAUCACCAACAUCUAUAGAUUUAACCUCAACAAAAAACAUGGAAGAAAAUAUUGGCACUUUGAAUUACUUAAAAUAUCCGCUACAAAAGCGUGACACACUAACAUCAAAGCAUGUUUCCCUUACCUCAAUGCCAGAACGAAGUCUCACGGAAGUCCUCGUGCAUUCUUUAAAAACGCCAUUAUUGCAAUCAGUGCUUAUUUCCAGGCAUUUACAGCUUUCUUCUUCAUUACAAAAAGAGCAUUUGGCAAGUAAAAAGUUUUUCGCUACACCAGCUGUAUAUCCUUCCUCGCGGCAAUUUUUCUUAGGAAGAUACGACAAGGGAAGAAUAAGUAAUACAGGUUCUCUCACAUUUUCGCCGUCAUCGCAACAUAUCCCAUCAUCAAUACCUCAUUUGAAUAGCCCAGAACAUGUAGGGGUUACUACAACUUUGCUAUACUCUUCAAGAACUUCAUCAUCUCAUGAUGAAGCUCUUCCAUUGAUUUCACCGCAAGCGAGUCCGUCAUCAAUGAGUAAAUUUAAAGAUAAUUCCAUCUCAAAAGAUGAGCGGUCGGCAAUUCCAACCUUCAGCUAUGCCGAAAUAUUCUCGUCGUUGAAGGAUCAGGAAUUAUCGCCAGAACGGCUACCUACCAAGAAAGCAGACUCUUCUAUAAACUUAAGAGGUUACUCGGAAAGUUCAUCGAAGCAGCCCUUUCUCUCUUUGAAAUCAUCCUAUAGAAGCGGUCUGCCGCAGUCUCUCACUCUACUUUCUAAGCAAGAUAACUUAGCUCCUCAAACAAAAAGCCAAAUGAGUUUUUUGAUAGCCUCUCCUUCGGUUGUGUCGUUGGGAUCUGGCUCAGCGGCAAGUAAUUAUGACGCGGCAAGACGUUGGGAACAGGAUUCUGUAUCAAGACCAUUGCUAUUGUCUAAAUCGCCAUCAUUAUCACCGACGCAGCUAAGCCGAACCAAGACACCUAAAUCACAAACCCUCAUGGUACACUCAUUCAGCGACUCGUCAUCAACUAAAUUCACAACAUCUUCAUUGUCUCCAGAUGUGAUCGCGGUGCGGGACAAAACAGCGGUGGAAAGCUCAGUAAAAGAUCAAACAGGAGAUACCUUAACAAAAAUUCCCACGCUUAGACCAUACAGCUUCUUGAUAGAAGCACAAGGAAGUAGUAUUGUCAAAAAUUUCAAAACCUCUGAGCUAGAACAGGAAAUACUACUCUCAACAGUACAGUUUAAAUUGGUGAGCAAAACAGAAAUCGCACCAGAAGCCAAAGAACCCCCAAGAAUAUCCUUCAGCAUACGUCCAAUGCCAUCAAUUAUAUCUCCACAUAGUAGCUUACACCCUGGAGCGGGAAUCACGAGACUAUGUAACGAUUCUUUCAAGACGAUGUAUGAGAUGCCCUCUUUUCCUCCUUCAAAGACAACCUCAGAAAUAAAUGUUGAGUCCACCUCAAGCCUUUUGCCACAUCUUUCGUUGAAGUUUUCACCAGAUCCUACCUCCUCAGCGGACGCGCAAUCCAUUGUAGGACAACUGCAUUCUUCGUCAAUGCAGCACAUUACGUUGUCGAAUAUUCCGCCUUCUAGCUCACCUGUACAACUAGACACCGUGAAAAGCGUUGUUGGGUCUUUGAAAAUGGCUCCUUCAUGGGAAACAGACGAAUCGCCUGUAGCUGCCCGUUUUAACUCCACUCAAAUAAGCAUAGCAAUCUUCAGUGAAAAUCUAUCGCGUUUCUCAUCGAGCAAACAAGUGUUAGCAUCAGCGUCUCGGCCAUUGAGCUCAUCAUUAAAACAUGAAGUCAGAGCGAGUGUAAAUAAAGCGCAUUCUAUAAAAAGCUCUCCAGCGGGACAACGCACAAUACCUCUUUCUCAGCAAUUGAGCUCGGCAGUGAAAGAACAGGACAUUACAAACCGAGUUUAUUCUGUUGCGUCAUUGUCAUGGAAACCAAAGUUAAUGGCAGAAAAUUCAGUUUCACUGAAACUGUAUUCAAGAGAGGAUGAAACUCUAUCGUUGCCAUCUUCGCCAGUACUCCCAAACUCCAAAGUAAAAAGUACGCUAAGCCUGAGGGAGUCAUUUGGCAUUUUUUCUUCAAGGCAUGGAGUGUCAACAUCUUAUGUUCAGGGAAUCCCAAAUCCUAUUUCUGAGAUUACGAGAGGCAUGGAGGACUCAACAAAACCAAUCCCGGUAAGGCAUGCAAAGCCUUUGUCGCUUGCUUCAAUGAUCAGUUCUAGUCCAGAUAUGCAAUCUAUGAGAAGCCUGCUGGUUUCCUCAACAACUCUAUCUUCAAGGAAUCAUACGGGAAUGAUAUCUUCUCGAUUAACCUCAGAAAAGCCCAUCACAAGCCUUCCGAAAUUGAAAACUCUUUCAAUCAGACGAGAAAAUGUAAUUUUAGUAAGUUCUUCACCCAGUGGAACUCAAUUUCAUUCCAAAACGCGAAAGAAUUCUUUAAGAGGUUUUUCACCUUCCAGGCAUGAGGCAUUCCCACCGUCUCAACAACGUAGGUCUUCUCUAAAAGAGGACGGCAUGACAAGUCCCAUGGACUACUCAGUAAAAAUGUUAAGCCAUGAAGUCAUGUUAUUAAGCUUAUCCUAUGGUCAAGAGUGGCUAGAAAGUUCGAAUUUGCCUGUUUCGUCCACUUCUGAUAAGCAAACUCAAAGUUGCAGCUCAACGCAUUUCUUUCCGUCAACUUCAUCUUCAGCGGAGAAAAUCCUCCAGUCAACUACUGCUACUACUCAUACAACGAAUCCAGAAGGAACACCAACUCUCUGUCCUCGGUGCGGUUUGUCAGAGAGACUACACGAGAAGUACUGUUCAAGCGAUUUUGCUAUACUUGUUCGCGUUCGUACUGGGGCAGUCACGAACGGAAGUGAAUCCUCUCAUCUGACCAAAAUAAGAAGAAUAUUCAAGACGAAUAAACCAGUGAAAAAGAGGCCUGAGCUAAGGUUUACCAUCGGAGAUUGUAACUGCAGACCUGAUCUCUUGCUGAAGAGGGAUUAUUUUGUUUUUGGCAAUAAUGUGCCAUGGAACAGAACGAUAUCGAUCUUAGAAGUUAAUCAAGAUAGUUUCGUGGCUGAAUGGAAGGAGACAUUGGAGGAAGAAAUAAAACAGUUGGAAGGAAGAUGCUCGAGACACUCCACAAUUCCUACUCCACGAAUUUCAUCGACUGUCGCACAGGUUACAAGUUCAUCUUUGCAUCACAAAAGAAAAUCAGUUUCUGACGCUUUGUUGUCGACCCAUAGUACUCAAAUAGAAACACCUACUUCCCUAGUGACAACUGAAGGCACAAUUUUUUCGACAGCAACAGCAGAAGAAAUUACGACACAGCCGCCCGUCACACUACCAUCAACGGACCUACCGAGUGCAAAAUGCCGUGCAUGUCAAAUAUCAAGGAAACGGAACAAAUACUAUUGUGACAGUGACUUUGUUGUCCGAGCCAAAGUUUUGAAAGAAUCGUACAACGAAGUUCGUAAAGAAAGAAGAUAUCGAGUAAGGAUCAUUGCAGUGUUCAAAAGCAAAAGGAAACUGGAAAACCGAGAUGAUAUUUUUGUAUUUAAUGACUACUGCAACUGUCCUAAACUCCGAAUGAAAGAGCAGUAUGUAAUAAUGGGCAAAGAGGAAAGGAACACAGGACUAGAAGACCUUGGCUCAUACUCUCAACUAGUGAUUCCUCCAAGACCAUUUGUUUGGAAGUGGAGGCCAAGAAUGACUGCUGGACUUAGAUCGAUUAAAGACAUCUGUGGCAAUUAAGUAAAUCGCCAAAACUCAUUUCAAAGGCUUCCUUA